GCCCCGCCCCUCGGGGCGCUUCCCGCGGCCGGCGGGCUCGUACGGUGGCCGGUAGUGUCCGCUCCGCGCUCGCCCAUGGCGGAGCGGGACGAUGUCGCUGGUGCUGGGGCUGCUGUCGCAGACGCUGAGCAGGGUGCUGCGCUACUCCGGGCUGCGUAGGGGCUGCCAUGACCCCCGGCGACACGCCAUGGAGCAGGACAAAGCACUCGAGGUUUAUGAUAUAAUACGUACUAUCCGGGACCCGGAGAAGCCUAAUACUUUGGAAGAACUGGAAGUGGUAACGGAAAGCUGUGUGGAAGUGCACGAGAUUGGUGAAGAUGAAUAUCUGGUGGUCAUCAGGUUUACACCAACAGUACCUCAUUGCUCCUUGGCUACUCUGAUCGGCCUUUGUUUAAGAAUAAAACUUCAGAGAUGUUUGCCUUUUAGACAUAAGCUGGAAAUCUACAUAUCUGAGGGUACACAUUCCACUGAAGAAGACAUCAACAAGCAAAUCAAUGACAAAGAGAGAGUGGCAGCUGCAAUGGAGAACCCAAACUUGCGUGAAAUCGUGGAGCAGUGCGUUACAGAGCCUGACUAGUAGCUACGAUAGCCGCAGAGCUAUCGUUUUGAUAUAUUUCUUAAAAUAUCUUUGUUUAAAAAAAAAAAAAAAGAAAAUAAUAAUAAUCAAGGCCUUGAGUUUAAUACUUGAGUUCUUUUUAUCUUCUGUGUUUUUUUAAAAAAAUUGUUUAUAAGAUGGAUGUAGAUUAUAAAGAAUUAGUCUCUAAAAUUAAAGUGGAGUCUGUAGUGUUAAGAGUUUGUAAUUUCUGGUGUCCAGAGGAAUAUUUUAUGAUCAAAGCCAGAACAUGAUGUACGAGUCGCCUUCUGACAGACAUUGUGAUAUUAAUCCAGUUUUGCAAGUUAAAUUUCUACAUUCUGUCAAUCACUGCACUGUAAAAUAAAACGAAUUCUUGUGC